AUGUUGAAUAAAUACACUCUAAAUUUCUUAUACAAAGAUCAAUCCGAUAAAUACCUUCAGUAAAAUUCUCCUAAAAUCAUAAAAGAGCAUCUAAACUUCACUGUAUAUGCAUUGACAUUCGCUAUUUUAAACAUGGUUUAAUUUAUAUUGGCCUAGAGUGUCUACUAUUCCAUAUUGGCUGGAUUCAGUUGUUUCUUAAUUGUUGGAUUGUAAAAAUUGAUAACACAUAAGCCAUAUCUAAUAAAUUAUGUGAUAUCAUUCUACUAGUUCUAUGUCCUAUUCAUAGUUGAAGUUAAUAAAAUAAUGGAUAGCUCCAACAAAACAAAUCAAUUAUUUAAUUGGAGUUAUGGGUAUUAAACUUGUUUUAUGCACUUUUGUUUAUAUUUAUAAGGCACUGAUAUGAUGGUAUCGACAUCUGUCCUUUUAAUCACUACAACCAUUCAUGUACUCUUGCUCCCUUUUGAUGAGAUCUACAGUAUCGCACAUAUACUAAGUUUUUUCUUUAUGAUGAUUUGUAUGGUGGCAGUAAAGUACAAUUAUGAAAGGAAAAAAAAGGAGGAAUUUUUUUAUUCAUUCCAAUAAGAAUAGUGGGAAUGGAUUAUUAGAAAGGCUAUUUCAAAUACUAUCAUUUUGAUUCGUUAUGAUUAGAAGUAGGAUUAGAUAAGAUUAGUCAAACAAAGUAUCAGAUCCCAACAAACUCAUGGCAUUAAUGGAUGUUAUGAUUUAAGAUAAUUUUUGAGAAAUGUAAAACAAUAUUUACUCUAUUUAUAGUUAAUUUUCGCAAAUUCAACGUAUUAACAUCCAUCUUGUGAUCAAGCAAACAAUUUAGAGUAAUAUGUACGAAAUAUGCUGAUGGAAAAGAAGACUAAUUUUCUAGAUAAAUAAGAUAAGCAGAAGUACUUUAUAGAUUAAAUUAACAAAAUCUUUUAUAAGGUUAAAUUGACAAAAUGUAUUUUGAAUAACGAAGUUUAAUGCUUACUUAUUUUAGAUAAGAUACAAAUUCCAGAUCAAAAAGGCUAAGGCAUGCUUAUUAUAUUUUUGCAGGAAUUAUCUAAAAAUGUCUCGCAAUUAAUCAAAGAUCAAUUUUAUUGUUCUGCAUUUCAAUCAAAUCUAAACAAAUCACAAUCAAUAAAAAAACAAAUAGAUAACUUAGAUAAAAGAAUCCUUAAUUACGCAUACUUACAAAUGACUUUAUUUAACUUAUCCUUUUUGACUCAAGAAUACAAGUAUGAUGUCAAAUCCAGAAUUAAUAAUCAAGAUUUAAUUGCAUAAUUAUAAUCUAUUUUCAAAAACAAAAUAAAAAUAUCUUGUGAAAUUGCGUUCAAAUGUAAUCCAUAGAUUUUUAUAUCUGUAAUUUUAUGUUGUUGUAAAUUUGUACAUUAUACUGAAAACUAUUUACCUAAUUUUUAAAUAGACUUUUUAUCAACAGAUAAUGAAAUGAUAGAAAUUAACUUAAUCUUUUGUUUAAAACAACCAAGCAAAGUUGCAUCUUCGUAUUCAAUAUUGGCAGCAAAUUGGGCUAGUUCAAAUAAAAGGUAAUUUAAUCAGAAGUGCCUGUUUGAGGCUUGUAUCAAUAGAUUAUGCUUUUUAUAAUCUUUUUAUGAAUUACCAAAACUUCUUCUGUUUGAUGUAAGCACAAUUUAAAUUUUGAUGUCUUAAUUUUGUACACUCAACCAUUUUAUAAUAUAAUAGAAUGAACAUACUUUAAAAUUUGCUUGCACAUUCUCAAAAUUAUAUUGA